CAUCGGCGCCUUCACCCGCGCUCAGUAGAAGUCGAAAUUCGGCUAGCAUAACAACAAAUGGGUAGUGAAGCACCUCUCGAACCCACGGAGCCACUGGCAGCGAUGACGUCCCUGGACACGUCGAAGCAAUCGAACGGCGUCGAAGGAAAACCAUCAUUUGGUGCGUUACCCCAAUACUUACACGAUGCCGUCGCUCGCAUCGCUCCCCAGGAAGGAUUCACACCGGGCCAGUUCGAGGUCAGCUUCGAGGUGGGCUCCAACAAAGGUGAUGGUUUUGUGGCUGAGAUGUUCCGGGCCCGGAUCGUCGAAGGCAAUCGCGAGCUGGUGAUUCUGUGUAAGAUUCCCCCCACAAAUGACGCGCGUCGCGAGCAGUUCAAUACAUUGUCGAUAUUCGAUCGGGAAGUGCAAGCAUAUUCACUGUUUCUGCCCACGAUCACCGAGUUUCAACGCGAGAAAGGCAUCACUGAAGAACUAGGAAUCGGUUUCUUCAAUACACCAAAGUGUUACCUCGCCUAUCUCGAUAUGGCUAAACAGGAGUCAGCAAUUUUGAUGGAUGACCUGAGGCUGCAGAACUAUCGCAUGUGGGACAAAUCAAACCCGGUAAACUUUGAGCACGCACGGCUGCUAAUGAUCCAACUGGGGAGAUUACACGCGGUGUCGUUCGCUUUGAAGGAACAACGGCCGGAUGUUUUCGAACAGUUCAAAGUGGCUGAUCCGAUGACUGCUGCGAUGACAUCAAGCGAAGCGUUCAUGACAAUGAUGACUAUGUCGAUGGACAGAGCGAUAGGUAGCCUUGAGCCGAACGAAGAAAAGGUCCGUCAGAAGUUGGAGAAGCUCAAAAGCCACAUGUUCGAGGAUAUGGCAAAUCUGACAAGCUCCAAAGUAGGCGAACCGUAUAGCGUCUUGGGGCACGGUGAUUGCUGGAUCAAUAACCUGAUGUUUGCGUACAAGAAAGGUGUUCCCACGGAUAUAGUUUUGCUGGACUGGCAAAUCUGCCGCUACGUUUCCCCGGUGCUCGACCUGGUGUACUUCAUUUUCAGCUGUACCGAUGGGGAGCUACGCAGAAAGCACUACGACGAGCUAAUUCGUAUUUACUACGGGUCACUGAAGGAACUACUCGAUAGACUGGGAGGAGACGCGACGAGACAGUUCCCAUUUACGGCACUGCUCCGCCAGCUGAAGGCUUGCGGCAAGUUUGGCCUACUGAUGGCGAUCUUUAUUGUGCCAUUGUUGUGCAUCGAAAACAAAGACCUUCCCGAUUUGGAUGCCCAAGCAGAAAAGUUCAAAGAAACUCAACAGUUGGAGAUGCCGUUCGUGAUUAACGAACAAUCGGAAGCCAAGUACAGGAAACGAAUGAGUGACGUGUUAAGGGAUGUGAUUAGAUUCGGUUAUCUGUAGGAGGAAAUCGGUGGAAGAAUAGGAUUAUGCCGAUGUAGAUUUCAUAAUUUGAGAAUAAAUCAUUAUCCAUCAUCGUGGUAA